CAACCUAAAAAUAUAAUGAUGUUUACAAAUAGAUUUAUACAAUUUGUUCAGUGAGCAUUAUAGUCAUAAUUAUUACCAGUUUAAUAAUAUCUGAACUCAACAAUUAAUAUAAUGAUAAAAAUGUAAUUAACUAACCAUAGUAUUAUUAUUCAAAAUGAUUGCUAAAGGGUGUCCGAAGUGUGAACAGCAAGUUCCCGUAGCGUGUAAAGCUUGCCGUUGUGGCUACUCAUUUUUUAAUGCCAAAAGGGUGGCCACUAAGGUCCUAUCUCCAACAGUAGACAGCUGUCGACGAAGAACACAAAGAGUGAGAAGGGAAAAACCCAACUACUACGACGCAUUAGAGUUUGACAAACAAGUUCGAAAGUUAUUGCAGACCAAAAGGCGUCAUAGUGAAUGUGAUUUAGAUGAUGAGAUACAAAAGGGGGGCAAAAACAAAAGGCGAAAGGUAAAAAAGGAGGAGGAAGAUGACGAUGAGGCAAUUAAUAAUCUUUCACCUGAGAAACAGUAUCAAUGUGCUUUGAUAUUGGAGGAGUUGAAUAGAAAAUUGCAAAUUGUUACAUGGAAACCAACUUAGAUUAUUUUAAUUGUUGAUCAUUUAGAUAAUAUGACUCACUUAAUUUAUUGAUAUGAAAAUUAUCUUUAUGGUUAGUUAUAUGUAUGUAAUAUUAUUUUAAAUUCACAACAGAUUUAUUGACUAUGGUUUAAUUUUUUAUUUGUAAACAAUCAUAAUAAAAUAUUUUUGGCAUAUA